AAAUAAACACAUAGCUAACUAGCCNACACAUCAAUAUAAGCACUCAAUACUACACACACAUCCAUUCAUCCAUCCUUCACUUAUCUACUUGACCUUUUAUGUUGUUCCAAUUUUUGAUCAAAUUAAUUUUACAAACAUCUCAUAAUUUCUCAAUUCUCCCAACAAUGAUCACCACUAUCAAGUUCAAGCUAGCCGCCAUUGCCUCAAUCCUCGCCGCUGGGGCCCUCGGAGUGGGCCUCCCCCUAUUGGGCCGGAAAAUCUCGGCCCUACGGCCCGAAAACAACAUAUUCUUCAUGAUCAAGGCCUUUGCGGCCGGAGUCAUACUCAGCACUGGCUUCGUCCACAUACUUCCAGACGCGUUCGAGAGCCUUAGUUCGCCAAACCUCGACGAGAAUCCGUGGGGGAAGUUCCCCUUUGUGGGUUUUGUUGCGAUGCUUGCCGCCAUAGGGACGCUUAUGGUGGAGACUUUCGCCACGAGCUUCUAUAAAAGGGUGCAUUUCGAGAAGGGGAAAAAUCGGGCGAAUCACGUUGUGGACGAGGAGGGUAUUAUUGGAAGUGGAAAUGAUGACGUGGAGCACACGGGGCAUGUGCAUGUGCAUACGCAUUCAACGCAUGGUCAUGCCCACGUGUCGUCUCAUGAUGAUGGCGUCAGCGUCUCGGACCUUGCUCGACAGCGCAUAAUAUCACAAGUUUUGGAGAUUGGGAUUGUUGUGCACUCGGUGAUAAUUGGAAUAUCAUUAGGGGCUUCACAGAGUUUAGAUACAAUAAAGCCUUUGUUGGCUGCUCUGUCUUUUCAUCAGUUUUUUGAAGGGAUGGGACUUGGUGGCUGUAUUUCACAGGCAAAAUUCGAGUCGGUGACGAGGACAAUAAUGAUGGUAUUUUUCUCCCUCACCACACCAGUGGGGAUUGGUGUGGGGAUAGGAAUUUCGAGCUUUUAUCAAGAAAAUAGCCCGAAAGCCCUUAUAGUUGAGGAAUUCAGCCCAACAAGACACUUUGCUGAGCCGAAAGGCAAAAUGCUGCUCGGAGCUCGCUUCCUCGCGUCGAGAACGCUCACCGUCUCUGCCGCCGCGCCACCCAAAGCCACAACGCUUCAAGAAAUUGCUUCCAGUCACUCUAAAAGUGGCAUUGCUAAGGUUGUCCUGAAAAAGGGUAAAACUCAAUUGUUCAAAGAUGGUAGCCCAAUUGUAUACAGCGGUGCUGUUGAUAGAAUAAUUGGUAGGCCGCCACCUGUAACAGGAGACGUUGUUCUUGUAACUGAUGGGACAGAAAAGCCAAUCGGCUGGGGUUUAUAUAAUUCAGUCUCUAUGUUUUGUGUCCGCCUAAUGCAGCUGGAAGAUGAAGCAACUCGAGACCCUUGUUGUGCUCUGGAUGUGGAGAAGUUGCUUGAAACUAGAAUAAUGGAUGCUGUUGCGUUAAGAGAGCGUGUUGGGCUUCCUUCAGCCCAAACAAAUGCAUAUCGUCUAGUUAACAGCGAAGGAGAUAGGUUGUCUGGCCUCAUCGUUGAUAUAUUUGGAUGUGAAGCAGUGAUAGCCUCUUCAGCUGCAUGGGUUGAAAAGUACAAGGAACAAAUAAAAUAUUACAUCAGCAAAAUAAGCAAUGUACACCAUAUAACAUGGAGGCCAUCGGUUGAUAUCUUGAAAGAGGAAGGGUUGGAUUUGUCUGAUUUGGAGGGUAUAAAUCUAUCGAAUUCUCCCAGAAUGGCAAAGGUUGUGGAGAAUGGCCUUUCCUAUUUAGUCUCUUUGGAGGGGCAAAAAACUGGCUUCUAUGCGGAUCAGCGUGAAAACCGUCAAUAUAUAUCAUCAAUUUCAAGGGGUCAGAAAGUACUCGAUAUAUGCUGCUAUACUGGAGGUUUUGCCCUUAAUGCAGCUAGUGGAGGUGCUCUUAGUGUGACUGGUAUUGAUUCAUCUGCUCCUGCUAUCGAAAUUGCCAAGGAAAACGUUAUUCUGAACAACCUUGAUUCUCAAACAACAUCUUUUCUAAGAGAAGAUGCUACUCAUUUUAUGAAGGAUUCACUUUCUAAAGGUUAUUCAUGGGAUAUAGUUAUUCUGGAUCCACCGAAACUUGCUCCGCGGAAAAAGGAACUUAAAUUCCUUGGCAAUGCAGAUAACGAGAAGAGGUGGACUGUUAAUGACUUGCUCAUGCUCUGGAGCUAUGACCCAAAGUGGGACGGUGCUGCAUUGAUGGCUGGUAGAAAGAUUACAAUAGUACGGCAAGCUCGUGCAGGAUGUGAUCAUCCUUUGGACCCUUCAUAUCCAGAGGGAGAGUACCUCUCCAAUGUUUUACUCAGAGUGCUUUGAAAGCUCAAUUCUGUAUCCAAAUGAUGGCUUCAGGAACUUAGAGCAAGAGGAAUCUCCUAAUUUAGUUCAGUUCAUUUUUUGAAGUAUUAGGAUGAGAUUUUUUGUUACAGAAACCCACCAAAGAGAUUAGUCUAACUUGAGUGUUUGUACUUUGUACUCUCUUGAUGGGUGCUUAGGUAAUGUGUACUUCAAUGAUAAUUAUUAUAUGAUGCAGGAUAAUGGAUGAUUUGUAAAAUUAUGCUGAUUCAUUGUGAUCGAUUGAACUGCAUCAUAUUAUGUAAAUAUAAUCGAAAAAGUAUUGCUUUCUUU